UGCUCAUCAUUUUCUAUUCUUGGAUGAUGGAAAAGUCUUCGAGUCGUGUCCUCUUCUCGUUGUUGUAUUGUUGGGUUAUUGUACUUGCACAAUCACUACAAGAGAAAGAAUCUCAUGUCAUCCAACUUACAAAAGAAAACUUUUGGUCAGUUGUACAAAAUGAAUCCUGUGUUUUUGUUGAAUUUUAUGCACCUUGGUGUUCACACUGUAACAAAAUGGUAAAAGAAUUCGAACAAGCAGCUGAGAAACUAAAAGAUAAAGCAGUAUUUGCUCAAGUAGAUUGUACUCAAGAAAAGGAACUAGCAGACGAACUCAAUAUUGAAGGUUAUCCAACUUUGAAAUUGUUUACUCAUGGCCAGUUUGAAAAGGAUUAUUUUGGGAAAAGAAAGGCCAACGAUAUGAUUUCUUUUGUGAGAGGAAGCAUAACUUCACCUUGGAAGGUAAUAGAAAAUGAGUCGGAAGCGUUGCAACUGGAGAUAAAGUCACGAAACAAAGACUCAGGUUGUCUUCUUAUCGCCUAUUCCAAAGAAGAAGUGGAUCAAAAGAAGUUCCUUGGCCUACUGGAUAAAGUAUCCAAACCCAUUUCCGUUGCUGUAGAUGGCUUGAAUAUGUUUUAUUUGACAACCAAUGCAACUCUGUGGAAAGCUAUUUGUAGUUUUUAUCAUGUAAAAGAUAACAUGAAUGAUAAUGCUAUUCUUUCUGUUCGUCAUUAUCCUGAUGCGAUUGGUGGACCUCCUUUAGUAAGCAUUCAGAAAUGGACCCAUGAUAAUAAUAGGGAAGAGGAGGAGAUGGGUCGUUUUGUUCGAGGCAGUGUAUUUCCUCCUCUUAGUUAUUUGAACACUACAACCGUUCAUCAGUUCAAAGCAACCAAGUUACCCAUUUUGGUUGCAUUUAUUAAGAAUGUAUCACAAAUGGAUUCGCAACUAUUUCAAGUACUUGAUAGUAUAAGUAAGGACAUGUUAGGUUAUGUGAAUGUUGUUUUGGGAGAUUGGAAGUCACUUGGAAGUCUUAGAAGACAACUCUCUGUGAAUGAUAAUGAAAGCGAUGUGAGUGCCAUUGUGAUGCACAUAUUUGAGAAAAAUAAGAAUUUUGUAUUUCCGAGAAAGUCAACUGCACCCAAAGUGAAAGCAUUGAAAAGAUGGGUUCAAGGCGUAUUGGAUGGAACAAUAGAAGAGUUUAGAAGAUCGGAAAAGCCUCCGAUGCCUAAUAAAGGUGUACCUAAAAUAGUAGUUGGAGAGACUUGGCAUUCUAUCGUAGAUGACUCGAACAAAGACGUUUUCAUUUUACAAUUUGCUCAUUGGUUAGACAAGAGUCGAGAAGCGGAAGUCAUCGUGGAAGAGAUUGCAAAGGAACUCAUUUCCUAUUCCGAUAAGUUGACUGUGGCAAAGAUGAAUGCCGUGGAUAACGAUGCUCCAAGUCCCUAUUUUGCUAAGAAAUAUCCAACGAUGCAUUAUUUCCCUGCAGGUUCUCCUAAAGUUGGUAUUCCUUUUGAAUCUCCCAUUACUCGGGAAAAUAUAAUGCAAUUUAUCAAGCAACAUGCAACCUUUCCUUUACAACAUAUCCAAAAAGAGGAACUUUAAUAAACUUGAUUGUGUCAAAGGUGUGU